AUGUCCAAUUCCGACGACUACGGGCCGGGUCUCCUGGCUCCAUACCGGGUACUCGAUCUCACCGACGGGCGCGGGCUACUCUGCGGCAAGAUGCUUGCCGACCUGGGGGCGGAUGUAGUCCAGGUGGAACCUUCGGGAGGCAGCCCGGCCCGAAAGAUAGGCCCGUUCUACAAGGACGAACCAGGCGCGGACCAUAGCCUGUUCUGGUGGGCGUAUUGCGCCAACAAGCGCGGCGUCACGUUGGAUGUCAGCCGGGCGGAUGGCGCGGCGCUGUUCCGGCGACUGGUUGGUCAGGCCGACUUCAUCAUCGAAUCCGCCGACCCGGGGCACAUGAACUCGUUGGGUUUGGGUUACCCCGAGUUGCAGGAAUUGAACCCGCGACUGGUCAUGGUGUCCAUCACGGCCUUCGGCCAGGAUGGGCCAUACGCGGACUACGCGGCCUCCGAUAUCGUCGGUAUGGCGUUGGGUGGGUUCAUGCACCUGACCGGCGACGGGGACCGGCCGCCGCUGAGGGUCAGCAUGCCCCAGUUCUACCAGCACGGCAGCGCCGCCGGAGCCGCCGCCGCGAUGAUCGCGCACACGCAUCGGCAGCUGACAGGAGAGGGGCAGCACGUGGACGUGUCCUGCCAGCAGGCGGUGGCGCGGACGCUGGCCCAUGCGCCGCAAUACUGGGACCUGGAGCAGACCAUCCUGCGCCGAAUGGGCGCGUAUCGGGAGUCGGCGGGCGGGACGUUCACGCGCAUCAACUGGCCGUGCAAGGACGGAUACGUCAACUUCCAGCCGGGCGGCGGUACGGCCGGCGCGGCACGUAGCGUUCGAUCGAUGCUGGCCUGGAUGACCGAGGAAGGUAUGGGAAGUCCUGAACUGGACGCGGUCAACUGGGAAGAGCUGGGCUAUGGCACGGCGCGGGCGGAGAUCAUGGAGCAGACGGUGGACGCAGUUGCGCCGUUUUUCAUGACCCACACGCGCAACGAGCUGGCCGACGGCGCACUGGAACGACGCAUACUGCUCUUUCCGGUGGCCACGCCCAGCGACAUUCUGGCGCACCGGCAAUUGGCGGCGCGGGACUACUACGACCAGAUCGAGCACCCCGAACUCGGUGAAACCGUGACCUACCCGGGGCACUUCGUCAAGGAUAUGCAGGACCCGAAACGUGUAGGUGUGCGGCGGCGCGCGCCACGCGUUGGUGAGCACAACCGGGAGAUCCUCGGCGGGGAGCUGGGACUACAGGACCGCGAUCUGGCGCGGCUGUCCGAACUCGGCGUGAUCUAG